AUGAAGAACCUGUUCCCUCCGAACACGUGUCCGAAGGAAGUGAGCGACACGAUAGCGUUCAAGAUGAAUGGGGGUGGAGCAACCACUCUCAAGGGGCUUCGUGGUGGGACACCGCGGCCGGCUGGGGCUGGUCGUGGGAUAGACCCCGGCGCGAAGGCGAGCAAGACCGGCGAGCGAGCUGGGCUACGAGCCGGGAAGACUACAGCACGGAUGCCUCAACGCGACCUGGAAACCCGUGGUUUCGAGGAGACGAAGCGGAUGGUCCUGGCGGGGAUCAUGGAUUCCAUCAUGGCCGAGGGUUUCGAGCUGAGCGAGUCGAUUAUGAUGGAGUGUGGCGAGAUCCCUGGGCGGAUGGUCGAGACCGUGCUCCCGCCUGGCACGAUUCUCCGCAAGUUUGCCGGACUUGGGAUCUUGCUGGCAACGUGCGUUCAGAGGACUCUGUGUGGAAUGGAUCAUCCUGGCGAUCUUCAAAGCAAUGGCAGCCACAAGACGGCGAAUCAAAGGCCUUCGGAGAAACUCUCCGUUCCAGUCUUCAAUGGUGGCGACGAUGACGAUGUGGGCACCUCAGCGAGAUCCUACUUGAGACAAGUCGAGGCUUGGCGGCGUCUUACUUACCUCCCCGCUAAUCAACAAGGGCUAGUUCUCUACCGCCACCUCGCAGGAAAAGCUUGGGUCGCGGCCGAGGAGCUCAAUGUCGACGCCUUGAGCCGAGAUGACGGGGUGCACUACUUGAUGAGUUGGCUGCGCAACCGUUACUUGGACUUGGAGGUCACGAGGAUAGGCAAGGCUCUCUCAGAAAUGUUCCGUCGCCUACGUCGUAAACCCGGGCAAUCGAUACGUGACUACAAUGCAGAGUACGAUCGUCUACACGCUCGUCUGAAGGAAGUCGGUUGCGUCUUGCCCGAGGAGUGCGCUGCAUGGCUUUACGUGGACAGGCUCCAAUUAGAAGAAGGGGCGGAGCUCAACCUGCUUGCCAGCGUGGGGAAUACCUACAGUCUGAACAGGCUCCAGAAGGCCGCUAUCAUUCAGGAUCGCGGCCACCGCAAGCCUUGGGAGUCUGGUACAGGAAAAGGCGGGCGGAGACCCUACACCGCCCACAUGACCGAUGCUGGCGAUGAAGACGAAGAUGCAGGAGCUGAAGGAAAUCCCGACGACUUCGAGGAUGACGAUGACCCCAUGCCGGAAGAGGUGGCCGUAGCGUUCAUGACUUACCAGUCGGCGAAGAACAAGUACCGCGAGCACGCGAAGGCCCGCGGAUACAAGGCCGAUGGCGCAGGGGAUGCCGCCAAUGCGGGGGCCAAGAAUGGCGAUCCUGGCCAAGGUGCUGCCAGGGUCCGCGAGGAGCGGCUGAAGCAAAUCAAAGCGAGAUCGUUCUGCUCAGGAUGUGGCCGCAAAGGCCAUUGGCACAAAGACGAUGAAUGUCCCAACAAUGGCGGCAAGAGCGGACAUGUUACAAGGACAGCUACGGCAGCCAAGGAGGUCUGCUUCGCCAUGCCCGCGGAAGUGAUGACGAUGAAGCACAUCAGCGGGAACCUGUUGGGCAUCACGGACACCGCCUGCUCGCGUACAGUCGCGGGCACACAGUGGCUGCAGGACUACAUGGACCGCGUCGGCGAGGACGGUGGGCAACCCGAGCUUUCUAGAGAGUGUGAAGCUUAUAAGUUCGGCACUGGUCGCAUCCACUACUCUUCGUUCAGCGUGGUCCUCUCCUUCAACCUCGGUGACAAGACGGUCCGUUUGCGUGCCUCAAUCAUACCGGGGGACAUCCCGCUGCUUCUCUCCAAGACGGCUCUGGGAAAGCUUGGGAUGAUUUACGAUGUGUCUGUUGGCUGCGCUGACUUUACUCAGGUGGGGCUCAAGGGGUACAAGCUGCUGAGCACGACGUCAGGGCACCCGGCGAUUCCCAUCGUGCCUGCAAAGCCGGCCGGUGGGACGCAAGCUGUUCUAUCUGUUGAGGACGUGAGCUUGGAGCCUCGUGCGCAAUACACGGUGCAUGCUGUUGCCUUCGCUGGUCGUAGCUCUCAGCCCUACUACAACCUCUACUAUGAGAAGAAACUCCCCCCUGUCGACCUGCCGAUCAGCAAGAUGACCAAACCACAGCUGUUGUCGGAGUGCGUGAGACUGGGACUGACAGUGCACAGAUCCUGGUCCCCGGAGGAGAUCAAGGCAGUCAUCAUGGAGGACCGCGAGAAUCGGAAACAGAGCGACGCCACGGAGAAGAUGAAGAGGCUUUCCCAGCUGACCCUCGACGAGCUCAAGCAGAAGGCGGAGGAACUCCACGUCGAGUUCCCGAGUCGGGUCACCAAAGGGAAUCUGCUGCGCUUGGUCAGGGACUCCUUGAACACCCCGGACAACGAGCUGAUGAAGAUCGGCAAACACCGCGGCAUGGAGUUCAGAGAAGUCCCGUGGCAAUACGGGCAGUGGGCGAGCAACGAGGUGAGAUCGUCUGCGAACGCGGACCCCGACCUGGUGAGGUUCGCCCGCUGGUGGGAGGCCAACGAGGACAAGAAGCGCGGCUACAUGAAGGGCGUUUCCGACGAGAUGAGCAGGCGGCCAAUGCCCGCAGCGAGCGACCCGGGAACCACGACCUCGUGGGAGACGGUGUCGCAACACGUGUGGGAGACGUCGUGGCCAGCAAAGCCGACCACGGACUCGCGGAGCAGCACCCAGAUGCCAAUCACCCCGGGGGCGGGGACGACCGCGAACACCAAGAGGAGGACGGCGGACGAGAACCCGAGCGGCAUGGACGACGAGAUCGACGAGGAGACCGCCGAGGAGAUCAAGAAGCUGGAACUACGUCUGGCCCUGUUGAAGGACAAGGUUGACGACGUGAUCGUGGACACGGACCUCGCCCAGGCACACCGCAGCCAGCACGAUGUUCUAAGCGUGUCUCCUGGGCCCCGAGCAGAUGACAGGGCCGACCUUUGUCCUGGAGAACGGUUGGCGAAGGCGAUGUAUGACAGAGGUGACUUCUCCUACAAGACCCUGCAAGACGUGCUAGAAAAGGCCGAUCUAAAGCCGAGGCGCAAUGAUCGAGGCGAACCUUUCCAGAACGACAACCAAGACGAGAAGACCCACUCCUACUUCACCUUCGGCAUGUUCACCCAUGGAGGAGUGCAAGGCGUCACGAAGUUGACGCUCGAGCGACCCCACCUUUGCAGAUACCUCAACCAGUUUGGGAAUGACAAGAUUGGCAAAGGGGGCACGUGGACAUCUCUUUCCGUUAGCAAAAACGUGAGUGCCGGCAUGCAUCGUGACUACAACAACCUGAAGGGCACCGCCAACCACACCUGUAGCUUCGGACAAACUGCCGGUGGGAAUGUCUGGCUGGAAGACAAAGAUGUCCAGGAAGGCGAUGCCAAGAUGACCGGCCUCGUGUGGAGACGAGGCGCUGGUGGCGCUUGGCUGCCCGGGCGCUUUGUGAACACCUUCGAGAGGAUGGUGACUUUCGACCCCCAUUACAACCACGCUACAUGCGAUUGGGAGGGAGAGCGCUGGUCACUCACGUACCACACUACAAGAGGAGUGCUGAAGGCCGCCAAGGAAUGCUGCAACACCCUGAAGAGAGUUGGGUUCCCACUUCCUAAUCUUCGUGGUGUGCAAGCUUCGCCCUCUACCAAGCGGCCGCGCAAAAGUGUGCGAACCUCCAUCGCCAACACCGCCGGAAAGCUCAGCGUGAUGAUGACCACCCUGUUGCUUGCCGUCGGUAGCUAUAUGGAUGACUAUCUGCCGUCGGUCCAACACGACCCGGUGGUGAUGUUCGAGAUUGGCGGGAUUGACGCCACCUACGAGGCCGUCGAGCUGAACAAGGCCGUCAUCGAGCCCAUGACCUGGGAGGAUUUCAAUGACCCGGAGCGGAGGGAGGACGCCUACCACUUCGUCUACGGCAUCACCCCGAAGGAGCUGAGGGUGAACUUGGACGGCAUGGCGCCCGAGCGGCGUAGUGAUGUCCUGGAGCUUGCCAAGGUACAAGUUGAUGGAGGAGGAGACGUCGUUUUCCGAGGAAGCGGGAGCAACUUCUUCCUUGACGAGAUGGCCGACUACCUGGUGUGGAGUCACGAGGACGACUAUGGCGAGAAAUGGGCGUGCUUCAGUAAGCCCAAACAAGGACAACAGCAGUUCAAGCAGUCCCUUCGCCCUCAUCAAGUGUUCGUGGUUGGUGUUGAAGACGGAGACGGACAAAGACCGAACCCCAAACUUGAUGGUAGCGGUAUUACGUUCAGCGAUGGAGUCGACCCUAUAGUCCAGAGUUCUUUACGUCGCCUUCAUCAGAACCUCGGUCACCCCAGGAGCGAAGACCUAGUGCGGCAUUUGCGCCUCGCCGGUUGCGAAGAUGCAAUCAUCAAGGCGGCGAAGGCGAUGAAGUGCGAGGUCUGUGCGGCUACGGCCGGGCCCCGCAUUGCCCGACCAAGUACGGUGCCGAGGAUGUACGACUUCAACGACUGUGUCGGCGCUGACCUGCUCCACCACCACGAUAUCGAUGACGAGCGCCACACCUUCCUCUCCAUCGUGGACUGGGGAACGUCCUACCACGUCGUGGUGCCCUUGGAAGGCUUUGACAGCGAGGACAUCGAAAAGGCCUUUAAUGAUCAUUGGGUGGUUCCUUUCGGUCCCCCCAGGACCGUAUCCUUAGACCUCGAUGGAGCAGUACAAAAGGGAAUUUGUCGUCUUUGUGACUGGCACAAUGUGGGUGUGAAGAAUGUGGCUGCGCAGGCGCAUUGGCAGGCUGGGAUUACAGAGCGUCAAGGGGCAUGGUGGAAGAACAUAUGGGACAGAGUACGUCAUGAACUUACUAUCACACGAGAAGAAGUCCAUCUCGCCGCCUCGCUCGUGUCCAGUGCCAAGAACGAACUUCGCAGGCGAUGUGGUCACAGCCCCACUGAAUGGGUUUUCGGGCGACAUCCUCGUCUACCCGAAGCACUCGCUGACCCCGAUGGAGGUGAAAGGAUCACUUGGGACGUCACCCCGGAGAGCCAGUACCAGAGGGCCGCGGCCAUACGUACCGCAGCGCGUGUGGCUUUUCAUCAUUCACAAGGAGAUAGUCGCCUUCGCAAAGCGCUGCUCCAGAGGGCUCGGACUACAACGAGGCCUUUAGAAGUUGGCGAGACGGUGCACUUCUGGGACCAACCCAAGAACCGACGACGCGGCCGAUGGGCCGGACCAGCGGUGAUUGUCGGGAGAGAAGGCAACAACUAUUGGGUAUCUCGAAAUGGACGCUGCCGACUCACCGCUGCCGAACACCUGCGCCCCUCCGGGCCCGAAGAGGUCGGUGAGUUCCUGCGGAUCAAAGGGGCACAGGCCGAAGUGGAGAAGCUGCUUGGAGCCGACCUCGAUGCAGACGAGGCCUAUGAUGAGCACCUGGUCGGCGAGGAUGAGGAGAUGCUCUUCGCGGACGACGUGGCCAUCGCAGACGACCACCUGUCCGACUACUCGCCCAGCGACCCCGGGGAGCCGCCGGAAGAACCGCCGCCAGUUCAAGGAGCACCCCCACGGAGACUGAAGCGAAAGACGAGGCCCGACGACAUCAUCCCCGACCUUGACGACGUGAAUGAGGCCCUCUUCUUCAAGAAGGAGCUGACCAAGCGGGGCGUUGAGAAGCGCCAAGAGAAGGAGUUGAAAUGGUCAGAAAUUCCAGCCAGUGCACGCUCCCAGUUCAAGCAGGCUGAGGAGACGCAAUGGAAUGAGCACCUAUCCUUCGAUGCACUUGAAGCUCUCAGCAUCGAUGACAGCAACCGCGUGAAGAAGGAGGUCGACGCAAGUCGGAUACUACGGUCGAGGUGGGCCUACAAAGACAAGAAUUGGUCCCUUCGGAGGGCCGAUGAGAGUACCCCUUGGAAAUGCAAAGCGCGGUUGGUCAUAGCUGGGCACACAGAUCCAGACUUGGGUGAUGGGUUAUCUACAGAUGCCCCCACUUUGUCGCGACCAGCCCUCAUGUGUCUCCUUCAACGACUCGCCAACGGGCUUCGUGAUGAUGACCCGUGGAGAGCAAGUGCAGGCGACAUAAGAUGUGCGUUCCUCACCGGCGGGUACCUCAGGCGCGAAGAGGAGUUGUUCUUGCACCAACCCAGCACAGGGUUCGCCGGACUUCACCCAGACCAACUGGUGAGGGUGAAGAAAAACAUCUUCAGUCUGGCCACGAGUCCACAUGAGUGGUGGUUGGACCUACAGAACGGGAUCAAGGGGAUCACCAUCCAGCUCAACGAGGCCGAGUACAUCUUCGACCAGUGCCCGCUUGACCCGUGUGUGUUCCUACUGAGGAAAGUCGUCAACGGAAAGAUGGAAGGACCGCCCGUCGGAUACGUCGGGAGUCAUGUCGACGACCUAUUGGUCAUUGCCCCCGCCACCAUCGGUGACGCGAUCAAGGCAGAGCUGUCUAAGACCUUUCCCGUUGACACGUGGGAAAACGAUGAGUUCGCCUACCUCGGCUCGGAGAUCAUCUGCAAGGACGACACUGUGGUCUUCCGGCAGAAGCCCUACAUCGAGAACAGGCUCUUCGUCGUCGACAUUCCCGCGAAUGCCAACGAGCAAGAUCUCGCCAGUCCCGACCACAUCGCGGACAACCGGAGUUUGGUGGGAGCAUUGAGCUGGGUCUCGGCUCAAUCCCGGCCGGACUUGACAUGUUCCGUGUCGAUGGCACAGCAACUACAGAAAUGCCCUACCUACGGCGACGUCAAGUUCACCAACGGCAUCUCAGUCAAGGCUAUGGAUCACCGCGACCAAGGACUGACCUUCCGCAAGGUCAACGAUGAGGAGGCGGUGAUCCUGGUCUACCACGACGCCGCAUGGGCGAACGCCUAUGAGGGGGAGUUCGACGAAGAGGGUUUCGAGCUCUACGACGAGGACAAGGCCAGCGGACUCCAACAUGAAGGACCUCCCUCACAUCGCGAAGGCCGUAAAGCUAAGCGCGGGAACUCAAGAGUAGCAUCCCAGCUCGGGGAGCUCAUCGUCGUCACCGAGAAGUCGGCGAUCGCUGGAGGAAGUCAUUGGGGCUCAAUCCUUGACUGGAAGUCGAAGGCAGGACAGAGGGUGUGUAGAAGCACGUUCAGUGCUGAGACACAGGCCUGCGUAGAAGGCCUAGAAGGCGGACAAUAUGUGCGAGCAGUCUACGAAGCUCUCACUUUCGGGGAGCUUAGGAGGGUCGAAGACGCGACCCUGCCAAUGGUCUGCCUGAGCGAUUGUCGCUCGCUCUACGACCACCUUCACCGAGAAGGGGUACCAAGGACACCUAGCGACCGCCGCCUUGCCAUUGACCUGGCGGCGCUGAGGCAGGCUCUCCGGCUCGAAAGAUGGACUGAGCGCCUGCCCCUGGCAUGGAUACCGAGCGAACUUCAGCUCGGAGAUGUUCUCACAAAACCACAAGACCCUAAGAUCUGGUGGAGUAUGAUUUUGCAGAAGCUGACGAUACCCAUCUCGAUAAUCGAGACGGGGGGCCGAGCCAGCAAGAGUUUUCGAGAACGGGAGAAGACCAGUGUGAAGCCCUGUGGGAAUUAUUGCAUCGACAGUCCCUAUCGUCAUUGCAGUAUGCUGUAUCGUGAAUGA